AUGCGCUGGAUGCUCCCCAACGCCAGCUUCUGGCGCUCAGACCGCACCAACCUGCCCACCCCAAGCCAUGUCAUCCCCUUUGCCGGCCGUAUAGGCGCCAACCAGGAAUUCGCAGUCGACAAGGCCAGUUGCACGCAGCAAGAGCUUCUGCAGAAGUUUCCCGAUGCGGCGCCCUGGAUCCCGGUGCGAGACGCCUUGUCUCUGAGAACUAUUCUACAGCCGGAGCUGUGGAAGGCUGCGGUGGUCGAAGGCAUAGGAACGUGUCUGCUGGUUUACCUUACCAGCUUUGUAGCUGUUGGUCUAGGUGAACUUGUUAACACAUUUGCAUCUGGUCCCCUCGUGCCCGGUCUACUCGGCUCGCUCACGACAUUAAUCUCUCUCCCGCUGUUUAUAUUCGCCACGGGCCCUGUAUCAGGAGCCCAUCUCAACCCAACAAUCACCAUCGCGACCUUCCUCGGCCGACUCGCCACACUCCCAAGGUCUAUUCUAUACGUCACCUUUCAGAUCUUCGGUGGUGCAAUCGCAGGCUGGCUACUCCGGGCUAGCUUCGAUACAAGAUCAUUCAUCGUCCCCGGCUGCUACUUCGACACCGGCCAAGUCUCUGUCCGCAGCGCAUUCACAAUCGAAUUCACCACCGACUUUGCACUCAUAUUCCUCGCAUUCGGCGUCGGCCUUGAGCCCCGCCAACGAGCCGUCUUCGGCCCAGCCCUAGGCCCCAUCCUUGUCGGGUUCGUGCUGGCAAUGUGCACCUUCUUCACGGGGAUCAGUCGUCCUGGAUUUACAGGAUUCUGUACGUCUUCUUUAAACCGAUACUGA